ACGCCGAACCAAAACCAAAAGCCAAAGCAGACCAACCCAAGCAAAGGCAAGGGGAUCUCCCGAAUCUCCCAUUCCAGAGGUCUCCGCGCCGCGUGCGCUGCCGGCAUAUAGGUUUUCGCCAUCGCCGCUGCCGCCGGCGAUGGACCCACCGGCGGGGGGUUCCCCCGAUCGCCGGGGGAGCGGACCGGGCGCUGGCGCUGCACCCUCCGGCCUCCGCCGCUACGGCCUCAACUUCUCCGCUUCCAGCCUCCUGCAGGCCCCCCUCGCGGCGCUCCUCGAGUACUCCGGCGUCGUACCCUCCGUCCCCGCCCCGCAGGCGCCGCACCACCCGUCCGCCGCGCCCUCUUCGCCGUCGUCGGCGUCCGAGGUCGACGGCCUCCUCUCCGCCGCGGCAGCCGGGGACGGGGAGGUCUCGAUCCGGAUCCAGGGCGGCCCGGGCGACUCGGAGGCCGCGGGCGGGGCGGCCGCGGGGACCUCGUCCGAGGACUCGAUCGAGGCGACAGCAGGCUCGGAGGUUGACCAGGCAUCCGCCGCCGGGAGGGGAGCAGGCGGUGCUGACGCGGAGGCGAACGGCGCUGGGAGCGGCGCGUCGGGGAACGGGGGCGGGGACCGCGCGUACCAGCGGUACGACGUGCACCACGUGGCUCGGUGGAUCGAGCAGAUACUGCCUUUCUCGCUGCUCCUGCUCGUCGUUUUCAUUCGGCAGCAUCUCCAAGGUUUCUUCGUCACAAUUUGGAUUGCUGCUGUAAUGUUCAAGUCAAAUGAUAUAUUGAGGAAGCAAACUGCUUUGAAGGGCGAGAGAAAAAUAUCUGUACUCAUUGGGAUUACUGUGAUCUUCAUGAUUCAUGUGUUUGGUGUCUAUUGGUGGUACAGGAAUGAUGAUCUUCUCAGACCCUUGUUCAUGCUUCCUCCAAAAGAUAUACCACCAUUCUGGCAUGCAAUUUUUAUCAUCAUGGUCAAUGAUACAAUGGUUCGCCAAGCCGCUAUGGCUGUCAAGUGCAUGCUACUUAUGUACUACAAGAACUGCAGAGGCCGUAACUAUCGUAGACAGGGCCAAAUGCUAACCCUUGUGGAGUACCUUCUGCUUCUUUAUCGUGCCUUGUUGCCGACACCUGUUUGGUACCGGUUCUUUCUGAACAAGGAAUAUGGUAGUCUCUUCUCAUCUUUAACCACUGGGCUGUACCUGACUUUCAAGUUGACUUCAGUAGUUGAGAAGGUUCAGUCAUUCUUGGCUGCAGUGAAAGCACUGUCACGUAAAGAUGUGCAUUAUGGGUCUUAUGCAACUGCAGAACAGGUACUUGUUGCUGGUGAUAUGUGUGCCAUCUGCCAGGAGAAGAUGCAUGUGCCUGUUCUCCUUUGCUGCAAACAUAUUUUCUGCGAAGACUGUGUUUCAGAAUGGUUUGAGCGAGAACGGACGUGCCCCUUGUGUAGAGCACUGGUAAAACCUGCUGAUAUUCGUUCAUUUGGUGAUGGCUCAACAAGUCUAUUCUUCCAGUUGUUUUAGACUCCAAAUGGCAAAUUUCUAACAUAACAAUGGACAAGCAAUUGCAUAUGGAAUAUUCAAGUGGAGGUCAUUUUUCUUUGCCCAUGUGAGACAAUCUUCCUCAGUGUAGAGAUCAAGGUGAGAAGGUUCAGGAUGAUCAUAUGCCAGCACGGAUCGUAAUGUUUGUCUAUAUGUUAAGCAAUAGUUUAGAGCUGUUCAGUUGCAACAUGAGGCAAAAUAUUUCCAGCAAAUUGCUUCCAGAGCCUGUAGAAUUCUGCUGGACGUUCCUGAUGUGUGAAGGCCUGUUUGCUCGAUGUAAAAAGCUGGUAAUUUUUGCACGUGUGGAUUUACCUGGAUGUAACUGAAACCUGCAAGUUCUGAUUGCUGGAGGAUUGACUUGCACAGGCAGCAAGAAUUACCUGUCGGUGGAAAGUGGUAAAAAAAGUGUAACCUGCAAAGCAUUUUUUACGUGGAAAAAUGUUGAAAACCGUAUGCAAAAGUGACAUCCUUUGCAAAAUAGUACGUAAAUAGUAAAUACUACCAGGCACGGCUUAUUUGCAAUUUUUCUAAA